AUGUAUUUUCAGGUUUUAAUAGAAAAAUUGCUAUACACAUGCACGGGAAUCGAAAAAGUUUUCCUCUUAGUACGAGAGUUGAAGGGGCUCUCGCCUGAUCAACGGAUGCAGCAGUUUCUGAAUAACCCGCUCUUUCAAAGACUAAAAGAUGAAAAACCAAAAAUUUUGAACAAACUGAUCCCAGUUAAUGGAAACCUCAGUGCCAAUAACUUGGGCAUCAGCGAAGAAGAUGCAGAGACCUUGAUUGACGAGGUGUCCGUAGUUUUCCAUGCAGCAGCUACCGUCAGGUUCAAUGACAAAAUGAAUGUUCCUAUGAAAGUGAACUUUGGAGGUACCAUGAAAAUGCUGGAGUUGAGUAAAAAGAUGAAAAACUUAGAGAUGUUCGUUCACGUAUCUACAGCGUAUGCGCAUAUAUCGCACUUAAAAGACGGAGUUAGGGAGGUCCUGUACCCCCCACCAGCGACUCUUGACGAGGUCGAGGACUUUAUUACCAAAUAUAAUGACGACGAGGAGAUGACAAACAAGUAUUUAAAUGGCAGAGUGAACACAUACACAUUCGCUAAAGCACUUGCAGAACAUCACGUAGUGAAGAACAAAGAGCACGUCCCAGUGAUCAUAGUCAGACCAGCUGCCGUGACUGCCACGAUAGACGCGCCUACACCAGGCUGGUCAAGUAACUGGCAAGGCGUCCCCAGAGCCUUAUACAAUGUAGCCAUGGGCUACAGUAGGGUCACCCCGGGACGGCAUAUAAACGUUAUUGACUUUAUCCCUGUGGAUUACGUGGUUAACCUCUGUAUCAUCGCGGCGGCUAAAUCUGGAAGAACAAACGACGUACCUGUAUUCAACUGCAGUUCAAGUUCAGUGAACCCGAUAACUUGGAGUAAGGCUUAUAAAUGGUUUACCGAAGAUGUCGUGAGGAGAGGCAAAAGUAAGUAGUAUUUUGAGCACUAGCUUAUCCUCCUGGUUCUACUAUAUAUUUUUCAUGGUAAAAAAGUGUCAUAAAUAUUUGCAUGUUGAAAUUACUACCUCUAUAUAUUCCGUAAGUACCGGUACGACUGUCCUAUUCAUCUACUUAU